AUGCCCCAAGACCCUCGUCCAUGCCCCAAGACCCUCGUCCAUGCCCCAAGACCCUCCUCCACGCCCCAAGACCCUCGUCCAUGCCCCAAGACCCUCCUCCACGCCCCAAGACCCUCCUCCACGCCCCAAGACCCUCCUCCACGCCCCAAGACCCUCCUCCACGCCCCAAGACCCUCCUCCAUGCCCCAAGACCCUCCUCCACGCUCCAAGACCCUCCUCCACGCCCCAAGACCCUCGUCCAUGCCCCAAGACCCUCCUCCACGCCCCAAGACCCUCCUCCACGCCCCAAGACCCACGUACAUGCCCCAAGACCCUCCUCCACGCUCCAAGACCCUCCUCCACGCUCCAAGACCCUCCUCCACGCUCCAAGACCCUCAUCCAUGCCCCAAGACCCUCCUCCACGCCCCAAGACCCUCCUCCACGCCCCAAGACCCUCCUCCACGCUCCAAGACCCUCCUCCACGCUCCAAGACCCUCCUCCACGCUCCAAGACCCUCCUCCAUGCUCCAAGACCCUCCUCCACGCUCCAAGACCCUCCUCCAUGCUCCAAGACCCUCCUCCACGCUCCAAGACCCUCGUCCACGCUCCAAGACCCUCCUCCAUGCUCCAAGACCCUCCUCCAUGCUCCAAGACCCUCCUCCAUGCUCCAAGACCCUCCUCCACGCUCCAAGACCCUCCUCCAUGCUCCAAGACCCUCCUCCAUGCCCCAAGACCCUCCUUCAUGCCCCAAGAUACUCCUCCACGCUCCAAGACCCACGUACAUGCCCCAAGACCCUCCUCCACGCCCAAAUACCCUCCUCCACGCUCCAAGACCCUCCUCCACGCUCCAAGACCCUCCUCCAUGCUCCAAGACCCUCCUCCACGCUCCAAGACCCUCCUCCACGCGCCAAGACCCUCCUUCAUGCCCCAAGCCCCUCGUCCAUGCCCCAAGGCCCUCCUCACACAAACACUCAUCACCAACAAUACUCACACUUGA